GCCAACACACUCCUCAAAGAUUGGAAGAAGGCACUGCCAAAUGUGGACAAGAGCAAAGUGGACGUCGUGAUCUGUCCGCCGGCUCUUUGGAUGUUUUCUCUGAAUGAGUCCAUCCAGGCUCUUGGCAUGAGCACCUGUGCGCAGAAUGUUGGGAAAAAUGAUGCCGGAGCCUUUACCGGUGAGUGGACUGCGACCAACCUGCUAGACAUCAACAUCUCGUGGACUCUCAUCGGGCACUCAGAGCGGAGAACGAAGUACGGCGAGACGGAUGCUGAUGUUGCAGAGAAGGUCGCAAAAUGCCAGGACGCAGGUCUCAACGUCAUCCUCUGCAUUGGCGAGACCUUGGAGGAGCGUGAAGGAGGAAAAACCGAUGAGGUCAACAAGCGGCAGCUGGGAGCCGUCCUGCCAAAAGUCAAGGACUGGGACAAGAUCGUCAUCGCUUACGAGCCAGUUUGGGCGAUCGGGACCGGCAAGGUGGCAACGCCAGACCAGGCGGAGGAAACGCAGGCGGCCAUCCGAGCCUACCUCAAGGAGGCAGCUGGUGCUGCUGUGGCCGACAAGGCAGCUGCAGCCGAAGCAUUGCGCUGUGCGCCGAUUCCGAGCACACCGCUGUUGAGGAGUGGAGCCAGCAUAGCUCCGGGCCCAUUGCCUGUACCAAGGCAUAGGUCGACUCCUCAGCCUCCAGCGACUCCAGCGCCGCCUCUGGGACCGCCUCCUGGACCGCCUCCACCUCCGUCGCAGCCCUUGCCAACCCCACAGUCGCCUGAACUUCAAGUCCGCCCUGUCUCGCUGCCAGCAGCUAAUUUUGCGGUGCCGGCGCCACUUCAGAUACCAGUCGAGCGUCAUCUAAGUCCGGCUCGGGCGACCCCCUGCUACAGCCCGGCAUCACAGCCUUCACCGCACCUCGUUCAUGGCCAAACCCUCCCUGCGACCCGGGCGACUUUGCCAGUGAAUUGCCAUGGCACAUCCGAGACGAGUCAGCAAGCAAUGCUGGAGGCACUCUGGAGGCGCACUUCAGCCAUUGCGGAGGAUUGUGCCCGCUGGAAUCAAGUUCUGCGGCAGAAAGAGAAAGAAGCAUCAGAGCUUGCAGGCAUGAUCCGCAAUUUCACUGAAGAGUACAUGGUCCCUGUGGUGCCCCAGCCAUCGCAUCAAGGGCAAGCUCAGACCGAAGAUGCUCAUGCUGGCAGGACCGUCUCGCCAACUCCGCAGCUGAAAGUGCGGCUUGGUCCUCCCACCGACCGAGUCUUCUCGGAUGAGAUGCAGCCAGCGGUGCCCGUGCAGCCAGUCGCAGGGCCCAAUGGACACAUGGAGAUCUCCGUACCAGAGCCGGAAGUCGAAAACAGAGACAUCUAUGAUGGCUUCUCGCCUGCACGCACUCAGCAUGCCGACAGCUUUCGCGAAGGCGCUGAUAAGCCAGAGUCGGAGGUAACCAAAGAAGUUGUGGAAUCGGCACUGGGGCUGAGCAAGGAGACUGCCAUGACUGACAUCAACCAUGAUGAAAUAUUCGUGGGCUCUCAUGUAGAGAAGUUCGAUGAAGCUUUUGCAGAAGGUGAAGGAGAAGAGGGUGAGCUUUUUGCCAAAGUCCGGGCGGCCUUGUCACGCGUUGUGGGUGGUGAAGCUGCCAGCGCUCUUCAUGACCCAGCGACAGUUCUGAUCCCCACAGGGUGGGAAGAAAACAUGUUCAUCCCGGCAAGCUGGGAGGAAAAAGCUCGCCCACCCCCUGAGCCUGCACCUCAAGAGCAUGGUCUCUCACCGUUUACCACCUCCGUUGGUGGCUCCACCAUGGCUGCCGAGCCUGACCCAUCUUCGGAAUUUGCUGGGGUUUUCUCCACCGAAGCCGAGGAUCAGUCAGCCUUGAGUCCGGAGCUCACAGGGCAUGUGGAUGCAGAGCACGCAGGGCACCUGGAGCCUGCCGUGCUACCUGAAAAAGUCGGCCACCCAGGCCCAGCCACAGCCUUCUCCGAAUGCCUCUCUGCAGUCAGCUGCGACUCCAUGGCUUUAUCCCAGGAGGCCAUCGCGGUGCACAGCACAGAGCUGGAGGCUGUGCAGUCGGAAGCAGCUCAUGCCAGCAAAAGCACACGCUGCGAAGGCGCCCGAAAGCCGAGACCGCAUUGGGACGCGCUCCAGAAGAAGCCAAGCUUCCACUUCUACAUCACCGCCGAGGACUUCACCGAACAGAAGCGGGAGCUCAUCUGUGCUUCCAAUGUCACCGGACGCUCAGCUCAGCCAGAAGCAACUGAGGUGAGAAUUCAGUAUGGUGGCAGUGUCACUCCCGACAACUGCGCCGAGUUGAUCACGAAGCCGAACAUCGACGGAUUCUUGGUGGGCGGUGCAUCGCUGAAGCCCACAUUUAUGGACAUCGUGUCCAAGGUGGGGCCGUCCAAAAUGGUUGACAUGUGGCCUAAGUACGAGGAGAAGAUGAAGAAGGAAGACCUCAACGAAUCUGCCAUUGCGGCCUUCAAAUACAACUAUGGCGUUCUCGUCUCCGGUGCUGAUGUGAUGAUUCCAGAGAGCAAGCUGGACCCAGUCGACAAGCUGCCUGAGUACGAGAAACUGAAGGAAAAGCCAGAUCCCAGGCUCCUGCGGAAGACCCUCAUCUUGAAGCUGAACGGAGGGUUGGGCACAGGCAUGGGCUUGGAGAAGGCCAAAUCCCUUCUCACGGUCACCGAGGGUAACAGCUUCCUUGACCUGAUUGCAAAGCAGGUGGCAGCGACCAAAAAGACCUUCAAGACCGACCUGAAGUUCAUGCUUAUGAACUCGUUCUCGACUUCGAAGGACACGCUGGAGGCCCUUUCCAAGUACACCGAGCUUGGAACUGGCUCAGAUCUUGAGUUCGUGCAGAACAAGGCGCCCAAGGUCACAGAAAGCGACUUCUCGCCGGCCGAUUGGAGCGCAGAUGCAUCGAUGGAGUGGUGCCCGCCGGGCCAUGGCGAUUUGUACCCAGCGCUGCUCGGGAGUGGCACGCUGGAGAAGCUUUUGAAGAAGGGCUACAGGUACAUGUUCGUCUCCAACUCGGACAACCUUGGGGCGACCAUGGACCUGAAAAUUCUGACUCACUUCGUGCAAUCUGGUGCUCCGUUCAUGAUGGAGGUCGCGGAACGCACUGAUGCUGACAAGAAAGGUGGACACCUGGCAAAAGACAAGGCAACCGGCGGUCUCCUCCUCCGCGAGUCUGCUCAGUGCCCUGAAGAGGAUGAGAAGGAAUUCCAGAAUGUUGGCAAGUACAAGUCUCUGGGGCAGUCUGAGUCCAGGUUUUUCAACACCAACAACCUCUGGGUGGACUUGGCAGCUUUGAAGAGGGAGUUCAGGAAGAACGACGGAGCACUGCCUCUUCCGGUCAUGAAGAACUCGAAGACGGUGGACCCACGAGACAAGAAGUCCACAAAAGUUUUGCAGCUGGAGACGGCCAUGGGGGCUGCCAUCCAGUGCUUCGAAGGUGCGUCCGCUCUGGUUAUCCCUCGUUCACGUUUCGCUCCGGUGAAGACCACAAACGACCUCCUGGCGUUGCGAUCCGAUGCCUACCUCCUCACGGAGGACUUCACUGUCGUUCUCGCACCAGAACGAAAUGGAGUUCCUCCUGACGUGAAGUUGGAUGGCAUGUACAAGUUUACAGAUGCCUUGGAGGAGAAGCUCAUACCAAAUGGGCCACCGUCUCUCAUCGGAUGCAAAAAGCUCGUGAUUGAAGGAGCCGUGAAACUGGCCAAGGGUGUGGUUUUCAAGGGCACCGUCACCGUGAAGAACACCAGCGGAGCAGAGAAGGAGGAUGGGCAGCAAAAACUCGGCAGCCCUCCGAGGAGUGAGCCUUUGGAGCCGGAAAUCCUGCCCUGUUUGCUCCAGUACCUUCCUGCUCGUGCAAGGCGGACACUGUGCCGGCAAGAAUACCGUGCCGUCCAGAAUGAAGUCCAACCGCAGCUGAGACAGGUCUGGGAGAGGCUGAGCGCGGAGGUGGACCGCUGCGAGGCUGAGUUCCAUCAUGCCUGCGGCUCAUGCACGCCGGAGCUGUGCUUUGGCUCCGUGUGCUUAGCCUUGGUGGCACGGCAGCCCAGGUUGUGUCAGCUGGUCUUCCCCGUCAUAGGCAUUGUCGCAGGAGUAGUGAGUCUGAGUUGUGUGAUGCCGAUUUGCGUGAAAAGCGCUGUGGCUCGGAGACGGAUGCAGCUGUUUCCGGUGCAGCCCACUGCCCAAGUUCCUGAGAUGGGCAUGAUGGUGGGUGCUUGA